AUGAGGCGUGAGGGCUGGGGAUAUGCCGGAUACAUCAUACUCCUCAAGCCAAACACUCCUCUCAUUCUUACCCCAAACGCCCAGCCUUUCUUCACAAUGGUGUUCAUCCUCGAGACCCUUGCUGUUGCCUUUGUCGUCGUUAGCGGAUUGAAGCUCACAGCCGUCGGUCUGGUAGUCAAGCGACUGAGGAAAUACUAG